AGUGUAGUCUGUGACGUAGUGGGUGGAGGGUGUUGGUGAACGGAUCGAGAUGUUUAUUUUUGCUCGUUGAAGUUACGUUGAGUUUUACAUUCUUAAUUGAUUACCUACUGCUCAACAACCAGCCUGGAAAUUUGUUUAUGAUCCGGAAGGAGAUUGUCACUUCUUGCAACAUGUCUAAAGAGCGAAGUGAUAGUGCGGUUGAAAUGGAAAUGUGGGGUGUAGAUGACAGCGACCAUGGGAUGAUGCGGCACGUCAACCAUCCUGACGACGACGAUGACAUGGCUGACGACGUGUUCGAGGUGUCGAUGGUGGCCGAGAACCACGAUGAUGGGAAGGAGCGAGGCUACCAGCGGACCGCCCCAAUACCCGCCCCCCAGCGCAACAUGAACGUGUUGAGUGGGCCCAGAGGUAAGCGCGUCAGUGAGGACAAUCAGCGAGGACAGGUGUCGCCCCACCGCCGCCCCGUCUAUGAUUCCUGGAGCGUCAGCGGCCGCCAGUACACUGGCUACGGAAACACCAGCAUAAUUACCCGGCUCCACCCUUCCUUUUGUAUCAAUGAUGCUCCUGAGCCUGCUCACCCACCCACUCCGCCUACCACACCCACCUUGGUCUUGACGAAUUUGGCAAGUUCACCGACUCCUGCUACAGAGGACUCUGGGGGGAUGGUGACGCUGCACUCGCUGGGUUAUGGUCACGACUCGGGAUAUAUUCCUUCGCCCUCCUCCGCAAACUCCUUUACGUUUUCCAGUGACGAAGAUGAACCUAGGCCAAAAGUGGCUACCGCCCCCCAAAAGGGUGUUACACCGCCCAUAGCCAUCCCGCACGCCCGUCGUCGCCCAGCCCACCACUUGGCUAAUAAAGAGCAGCGUCACCAAGACGAAACUAAACAUGAAGUACCACCGAAGGAAGACUGGACGCCUGUCCAGCGGGGACGGACCCGUUCCUGUCCAGACCAAAUGAGGCCUCCCGUGUUGCCCCGUGCCCCCGUGCCAAGGUUUCCCCUCACGCUGACCCCUAAACCCAACCACGGCCGGAACUGGUCAACACCAGCCACCACUCCUGACGGUCAGCCGCUCUUGACCCCCACGUCACCAGAGGCCAGGUCCAGCACCUCCAGGGCUUCAAGAGAUGCCAUCAUUGAUCUGACCGAGGAGGACGGAGGUGUUAACGGAGGACAUCGUCGACGAGUCUUGGUGCUGGCACUUCCAGACUUGAUCAUUGACACAGAGGGUCGAGCAAGUGGAGCUUGCACUCCUCCAUCCUCUACCCCUUCGGCACAGUCUCCUGUUGGAAAUUCAGAAUCCAGCGAUUCCUUUAUGGGAGCUGGUGGCAGAUAUGUAGUAAGGUCGCGACCAGCAUGGCGAAAGCCCAGAGCUCUUUCCUGUGAUGUGACAAUGGAGGUUGAGGUUGGUCAAGAACUCCGAAGAAUUGCAGACACCUUUCAUACACGGCGUGUAGAUGGAGAAGUUUCUGUGUGGAGGCGUUUACGUAAUAGCUGGAGGAGUUUCUCUUCCUCCCUACCAUCACCAGAGCUGAUUUAGGGGAUUGCAGUGCCAUAAUCUUAAUGAUUUUAUAAUUCAAAGCAAUCUUUCUAUUUUGGCAAUGUAUAUAAAUUGGCUCAAUGUAAAUGUAGCCAUGUGAAUCAAGGCUUACAAUUUUAGUGUUAAUGAAAAUAUAUAUUGGUGCCUUAUGUAUAUCAGUGCUUUAUUUUCAAGCCUUACACAUUCCAUUUUAAAGUUUGCAGUCUAGUUUAGCAUCAAGAUGUGUGCCACACUCAGUAUAUGCUAUGAAAGCUCAUUUGUUAGCUUUACCAUGUUUAACCAUUGCACUCUCCAAAACUUAAAUGAGAAUACAGUAUACAAUAAGUCAAUUUGUAACAAAUUGAUGGCGAGUGUAGAGGAUUAAAUAAAUGUUAAGUAAAUGCUGUAAUAUGAGUACAGUAGCUCUGCCAUUGACACUGAUAAUUAGUUUUUACUAUUUUUCUGUUAAUACUUCUAAUAUUUUUUGUGCAGUCAGCCAGUGAGGGUAAUAUGUUGCACGUCCUCAACUGUCAGCAUGUCAUGGUUAUGAGCGUUUUAUUUUGUUGGAGAGAACUUAAACUUUAGAAAUCAGAGUGUAAUACUAAAAUAGCUCCCUCAUAUUAAACCAGACUCAAGUUGUAGGAGGAUGAUGCCAAACCAUGAAAUAUAUAUUUAUAACAGGGUACAGUACUACAGUAACAAGCUACAGUGGAUGAGAUGUUGUAUAGAGAAAAAAAAUAGCUUAUGAGUGUUUUGAAUAUUGUUAUAUAUAUAUAUAAUAUAAUGUAGUACAGUUUAUAAAAUUUAUGUAUUUUGAUCCUAAACUAGAUUGUCGCCCUCAUCUAACCUAAAUAUACCAAUUACUUCUCAUACUGCCGAGUUAUAGUUAAUCAUUAAAACUAAUUAUGUAAUAUUAUACAGUAUUAUCUAAUUAUGCAUCAAAAAGGAAAAACUGCCUCUAUGGCACAUAGAGCUGCACUUAUCAGGUCUUGUUGGAUGAUUGUAAACACAACAUAGAGAUAUUUUGUCUGUGUAUUUUGUUCACACAUUAUACAUAAAUUCUUUGUAUGGAAUAAAAAUGCUAAUUUAAAAAUUAUAUACAAUUCUUGCUGCUGUAGUGAAAGGUUACUCUCCUGUGCAGGUCUGGUUUCUUAGUAAGGCUGAUAGUAAAAGGUUUGAUUUUUGGCACUCCAAAUAAUAUCUUACGAACUGUGUGUGCAAUUCAGUAUUAUGAGCUAUUGAUUGUACCAAUGGUAAAUGUUUCCCUUGUACCCAAACACUGCCAGUGAUAAGCUUGAAAUCAAUAACAAAUUUAACACAUUUAUUCCUCGACAGGCAUUCUAACUUAAUAUUAAGUCAGUUUGAAAGUUAUAUUAUAGCAUUGUAUUUUGAAGCAUGUAUUGAUGUGUGUGGUUCAGACCCUAGCAUUGUGAGAGGCAAAUGGCUCGACAUAUGUAAUGUAAUAAGCACAGGUAUGGACUAAUGAAAAGAUUCUCAUGUACUGUAUUUUGUUUGUGUUAGUGCAUGUGUGUAUGCAUCCAUAACUGUGUUGUGUGUGCUGAUGGGUUGUACGUGUGUUGUGUAAAGAUUGUUAACUAGUGUAAUAUAAAGUUGUCUGCUGUAAUAAGUUGUGCCGAUGUAAAGGCAGCUCAAGUUUUGUGCAUUGCAAUCUUUGGAUUGUAUCAUGUACCAGUGAAUGGACAUUUAUAUGCUGACUAACUAAUCCUUUAGUGUAAGUUAUAUAUAUAUAAUGAUCUCAUUAGUUAAUUUGUACAUAGUGUUAGUGUGUAUAUGUGCAAUGGAAAAUCAUACACUUGGUUGUUGAUUCUGUAAUUUAGCAAGUUUUGUUUAAAAUUUAUAGUAAUAUAAGAUAAAGGAAGAAUAUGGUCUUCAAAGUAGUAGGAUUUACUUAAUUUGUAUGUUCUCAUGACUUAUACUAUACUUGAUUAUUAGUCUAGAAAAUAGUAUCUACAUUGUUAAUAUAUUUUUCAGCAAUCAUUCUAGAUACAAAUUUCAGACAUAAAGGAGUUUAUCCAGUUCUGUUUAUCCAAAUAAAAAUUAAAGCAUGACAAAGCUUAUUAUAACUAAUUCAUGCAUUAGAAAGUGAGUGACAGUUUAUUUAUCCAAGACUAUUAUGAAGGUUUGAUUAGUAAUGGUCCACAACAAACUGAAACAUUGUCACUUUAACCAAUUUUAAUGAAUGAAUUCAGCUUCCUUCCAUGUUAAUGUGAAUUUUACUCUUCACAAAAGCUGAACUGUGCACUUGGCAUGCUUAGUUGGGGUGUUAUUAAAUUUGUUCUACUAUACAUACUUUCCCAACAUGAAUUUAAAUACAUUGUAAUUAUUAUGUAUUUGAAUUAUUUAAUUAGAUAAUACAAUUUAUUUAAAUGUUUUAUUUGAAAACCGAGACCAGUAUGCUAUUCUCUCAACGUACAUAAUCACCUUAACCUUGUUUUAUGUACUGUAGUUCCCUGAAGACUCAAUAUUUUAAGCUUUAAAGUUUUCUUCUUUGUAGCAUUAAAACAGUUUUUAUCUGGAAGAGGUACAAAUUGAAGGAAGAUAAUCCCCAGAUAGUAAAAUUAAUAGCACCAGCAACACCAUAUUUGUACAUUUGUUUAUGGUAGGCUAUGCAUGAAUGAAGCGGCUGCUGUCUUGCACUUGAAGGUAUAAACUAAUAAUGAUUACUUGUCAUCUCAAUAAUCAUUAAUUUACCCACAUGAUUAUUUCUCCUUUCUUCUACUAGCUUCUAUAUGUGCCACUUGUUUUUAUUCAGUCUUUUGUCACUCUAUCCCAUGUUUUGUUAGUCUCCCAAAUAGUGCUUCCCAAAUUAAUGUACCUUAGCACAAAAGCAUUUGUUGUAGGAUGUGUUUUUGUUUCUCACUUCAUGGUACUGGUGUAUCGUCCUUGCUCUUUAACGUGGAGUCAAUAGACAAAAUGUUUGCAAGUGAAAGCUUUUAUUUUUCUGUAAUACCUGAGUUUUGAAGAUUUUAUCCUCUAUAUAAUACCCUGAUGUGUUGUAAUACUAUAUACAUGUUCAUUAUUAGUAUUACAUUUAAUGUGAAAAUAAAGAACUACCUCAUUUUAUAUAUUGCAGAAGUGCUUUGCUCUUUUGCCCACUUUGUAGCAAGUCCUGUAUGUUAGGAAUGCUUGCACAAGUUAACCCUACCAGUUUGCUGUAUUAAUUGUGGUGGUGAACACCAUGUGUUUUUGUGGGCCAUUGCUCACUGUAGAAUGGAGCAGUCAAUUCUGCAACUCGAGCACAAAGACGACAUUCCCUUUUCUGGGGCAUGGUAUCUGUUGACACCUAGGCCCUCGACCAAUUUGGCCAGUCCCUAGCUCUGAAAUAGUUUUGAUGUUUUUGCUUCAGAUAUCAACAGAGCCUCCCACUUCUAACCCACUGCAGUCUAUUCAGGCUCUUUUUUUUUUUUUCUUGUCUGUCCUGUGCUGUUUUUUCUUACUUGGCCUUUACUACCCAGAUUUAAGAUCUCGAUCCAAAUUACCUCUAGGUUUUCUUGCUCGUUUCUAUACUUUCUGCUUUUUAUCUCUUAAAAUUUGUCUUAAUACCAGUAUGUAUCUUUAAAUGGAAUAUACUGUACAUUGCUUAUACAGUAUAUUUUCAGAGCUUCAGCUUUUAAUCUCGGUUUUCUCAGUUCUGUCUUGCUAAAAACUGAUGUUUAUCCUGGUCUCUUCCAGGGUUAUACUGUUUUUAAGUCAUCUUGCCCUAUUAAUGGUCAUCCUAGUACUAUUGUUCUUUUAAAGAAUGUCGCUUCAUUUCAUCCCCUUACGUUUGUUGAACGUCCAUUUCAUUGCCCCUCUUCCUAAAAAAAAAUGGUAACCGUUCUAUUUAUCCUUCCAAUUUACUUUAUUGAAAAUCCUUACCUCGACCCUUGCUCCUUAUACUCAAUUGGGCGAUUUUAUCUCAUAACAGAAGCCGUCUUUUCAUAACUGUAUUUUUUCUUUAGCUUUGUCCCUUUUAAAUAUAAGUGAGCUAACUCUUCUCGACUCCCCUUACUCUUCUUGUUUUGAUCAUUCUCCAAACUACAGUACUGUACUUCCCUUAUCCAGACUUGGCUUGACAAGUCCUUGACCUACAUAAGUGACCUUUUGUAUUUUUUUGUAGCUAGAUCUCUUAAUUUCUCUGGUGGUGUUUUAAGACUUGAAUCUUUAAUACCUUCCCCUUUCUUCCAUACAUGUCCCAUCUCCCAGUCCUGCACACCCUUCUUUCAGUUUACUUGACUCCACCCACUGCACCAUUUCGUAUUAUGCCUCCUGCUUCAAGCGGAAAUGUUUUAUAGUGAAAUUCACAAUGAUUUGGGCUGUUUGCUGUAGGCAUACAGCCUGGGAGAAAUACUAGUCUUCCAAUUUUGACAGUUAAUUGAGUCUUUAGUUCAACCAACCCAGAGCCCAUAUGUCGGAACCAAUAUUCUGUUACAUGACUUGCUGAGAUUGGUAUUGCCUUUGCUACUUCAGAGACCCUACCAAGACUCCUUUCACACUUGUACUGUGUGUGUGAAUGGGAGGCUGUGCUCUGACUGAUGUACUAUAAUGAUAGCCCUACUUGCUCUCCUUUGCAAUUUUUUUUUUUUCUCUGUACAGAUUACCCACUUGCUGGAUUCUCUCUCUCCACAAAUAUAAUGUCACUUCAUAGAGGGGUCUCCACAAAUAUAAUGUCACUUCAUAGAGGGGGUUCCAUUUGUUAAAUUUUGUGAAGCCCUAACCUGUAUACUGAAGGCUAAUAUGCAUAUUCUUGUCCUGAAAUGUCUUUUUCUUCAACAUUAUAGCUCCAUUUUCUGUGCUGGUUCUUUGCCAUUUUUUUCCUGAUCAAUCAUAGUGUCACCUUUCCCCAGAGACGAGUAUUUUAAUGGUAGGGCUUUAUGCAAUUUUAUGUGCUCAAAGGGUUACUUUUCAUGCUGGUUCGUAGAGCACUGUCACCACCACUCGCCUUCUCAAUUUGUAUUUUGCAAGUGUCGCAGCACAAUUUGUUUCACCAUUGAGGUCUACAUUCGGUCUGCUUUUCCCGCAAAGACCUCCAUUGUUGCCAUCCUUUUUGACCUGGAAAAGGCCAAAAUGUAAUUCUUACAAAUACCUAAACUUUGUAAGAAUUACUCACUAAUGGUUGCACAUCUAGUAGAACGUGCUGAUUUUCAAGAUUAUCGGAAAUCUUGUUUUUCUAAUGUUUGCUUGGGUCAUAUGUUCCUUGAUAAAAAUGAAUCUGAUACUGGUAUCCUUAAUGAUAUCAAAAAAUACUGUAUUUUGAUUUUCUGUGACAUGGUGCUAAAUAGUCUUCCAAGCCUGGCUCCUAGUAAUAACUUUGCACUAAUACUACGGAGUGGAAAUUACUCCAUACCUCUAAUAAUUCACGAUUUAUUUAUUUGAAUAUUUGCUGCUUAUUACAGUAGCUCAGCUAAUUCAUGUUUUCCAGUGCAUCAAAAUACAGUGAACAAUAUUAUGUCACUGUCGAUCUUAUAGUAGGAUUUUUAAUAAAAUGCUUAAAAUUACAAUUACAGAAUAUUUUCCAGUAAGGUUUUUUUUUAGUGGUCUUUUAAAAUGUUUGUGCUAUCACAGUUUACAUUCUAUUCCACACUAGUGCUCAAGAACAAAAGUUUCAGUAUGUUAGCUGCUGGUGUCGUUGGUAAUAUACGUUGUUUCAGUAUAUACAUAACCACUUUGAGUUAGUCUCUUGUCUACAGUACAUUGCAAGAUUUCUUAUAAGCAUAUCCUGUACGUUGCAUUGGAGACAUAAUGCAGUACUGUAGAUUGUUAUAUUCAGUAAUUUAUUAGCAAGUAUUUAUACAAAAAUCAGAAGCAUGUUUGUAGUGUCAAGUGUUAGCAGGUUUGUUAAAUUCUGGUAUCAGUUUGUUUAUUGCUUUAUGAGGGCAUAUUUAUCACUCCUCGUUUUCAAAUGAUUAUUUAAAAGUAACCGUCUUUCAAGAAUCUGUGAUUUCUAUCGAAUAUAAUUAAUAAGGAAAUUCAGUGUUAGGAGAAAACCAAAGUUAAUUACAACCAUUUACAUAUUUUGUAUAUGUGAUAUAAAGUGGCCAUGUAUUCAA